UGUAGCGUUUUUGAAUAUAGACCAAUCAAAUCCGUUUUUGGCUUGUGCUUAAUUACAAUGUGACCUGUACAUAGACGGCCCUCGAGGCGGAGCUGUUCAUUCUUUUCAUCAAUCUCGUUAGAAAUCAGCAGCACCAUGCCUGAACCAGCCAAGACCGCCCCAAAGAAGGGCUCGAAGAAAGCCGUGACCAAGACCGCCGGCAAAGGAGGCAAGAAGCGCAGAAAGUCCAGGAAGGAGAGUUACGCCAUCUACGUGUACAAAGUCCUGAAGCAGGUUCACCCCGACACCGGCAUUUCGUCCAAGGCGAUGGGGAUCAUGAAUUCGUUCGUCAACGACAUUUUCGAGCGCAUUGCCGGUGAGUCCUCUCGUCUGGCUCACUACAACAAACGCUCCACCAUCACUUCCAGGGAGAUCCAGACCGCCGUGCGCCUGUUGCUGCCCGGUGAGUUGGCCAAGCACGCCGUCUCCGAGGGCACCAAGGCCGUGACUAAAUACACCAGCUCCAAGUAAAGCGCGUCACCGCCGCCUUCAUCAACACAACGGCUCUUUUAAGAGCCACCCA